AUGUCAGGACGUUACUUCUCAAAGAGUCUGGCGUCGGACGUCGACUCGGCCGCUGCUGCCGAAGGCUCUCUCUCCGCAACCGAGGCGUCGACAGACGGCCAUUGCACAGGUAAGAAGCCUCGCCAUGUCGCCUUUUUCCUUGAGAGGGAGUUGAAGGAGACGGACACGGAGAAGGUACCACGCGCUGCCUUUGGCGGUCGACGCGGCGGCGCAGGCGCGCGGUCUACUGAAGAGCAAUGGUCAUGGAGUGGCAGGGCAGAGGCCGACGCGCUCCGGCAGCGUGCGCUGCAGUGCGGCGAGGAUUUCGUUCGUGUGGCAAGCGGGCUCGGCUACGAGGUGGUGGCGCACACCCCUACCGCGUUUCUUAAGCGCGGGAUGACAGAGAAGACGGCUGCACCUUUUGGAGUCGCCCAACCCGAGAAGCAAGGUGGGGCCGGCUUUGCGGUGGCGAGGAGUGUGACGGCGCGCGCUAGCACCGGCGCUGUCCCUCUCAGCUCGCCGUCGGCCGCCGAGACCACGGUGACUCUUGCUGCCCCCUUCGGCUCCGGCGGCUCGCCGGUCUUCCCACGGGAGGGCGAACUCGACAGCUGCAGCAGCCGGUCCAGCUCCCCUGGCACCGAGGAUCAGGUCGGCAUGGUACCUGUGCUCAGCCCGCUGCUGCAGGGCAGCGAUCCCUGCCAGCGUCACUUCUCCACGGAUGCAUCUCUGCGCGCACUCGAGGUGCAGGCUCCGCGUACGACUGGAGCGCACGCCGGGAUAUACUGCUACCCGUCCGCGAUCGCGUCCUUGAACCCCUUACAGGAUAGCACGCCCAACUCGGCGGCAGACAGCAAUGGCGUGCGCACGUCACCCCACCGUUCAUCCCGCACCGGCUUCGGGGCGGAGCAUCACACGAACGACGGUGCCCACCCCCCAGGACCCGUGAUCGCCAACAGCGCACGGGUUGCUCAGUGGACGCCUACCACGAGUCAUCCUUCCCCGGCAAGAGGGUCACCGGCGUCUCAUCGGACUUUGACGCCGCGCACAGUUUUUCCCACCCGAAACCACCCUGUUACCGCCUCACUCAUGGUUCCUGGCCAGCAGAGCGAUGCCUUUGCGCUACGUCUCUCUAUCAUGGACGUCACCUCAUCCCGUACCAACAGCAACACCAAUACUUCCAUGAGCGCCGAGCACGUCAACGGCCACGAAUUCGCGAAUGUUGGAGGCUCUCAGAACACGAACAACCGCUUCUUUACGUCUUCCUCGGAUGCAUUGAACACACCAGCGGUGCGCAUGACCGACGACGAGGAUUGGCCACGAGCGAGGGGCCGUUUGAUUCAGUAG